GGAUGCAGAGAAACAUUUGGCACAUAAAGCAUCCUCGCUGUUAUAUUCCAUGCGUCCCUCUCACCUAAUACACAUCAGCAGCGUCGUCGUCGGCGGCGGCGGUUAGUCUCUUCUCACUCAAAUCUCUCUCCGCCACUCUCUCUCUCUCUCUCUCUCUCUCUCUCACACACACACACACUAGCUACGCAGAAAUCCGAAGAAAUGCCUGCGAUGCGGACUGUAUUCCUGCAAUCCCCCUCCGUUUCAGUUUCACCUUUCUCAACGCCGGCGUCUUCUUCCAGUAAUCGCGUUUCCGUGAAAUUCUCCGUUUCCUGUUUCUCGGUGGCGUCGCCGGUAACUCUAUUGAACGAGACUGUGGACUUGAGACCGUCGGAGAGGGCUGAAGUCCGGCUUGGAUUGCCGAGCAAAGGCCGAAUGGCCACCGACACUCUCGAUCUUCUCAAGGAUUGCCAAUUGUCAGUGAGACAGAUUAAUCCACGGCAGUAUGUUGCGGAGAUUCCUCAGAUUCCGACUUUAGAAGUUUGGUAUCAACGGCCAACAGACAUUGUGAAGAAACUGGUGUCCGGAGAUUUAGAUCUUGGAAUUGUUGGCUUGGACAUAGUGAACGAAUAUGGCCAGGGGGAUGAAGAUCUCAUUCUUGUUCAUGAGGCUCUUGACUACGGGGAUUGUCGUUUAUCACUAGCAGUUCCCAAGUAUGGCAUAUUUGAGAAUAUAAACUCUUUGAAAGAGCUCGCUCAAAUGCCACAAUGGACAUCCGAGAGACCUCUAAGAGUUGCUACUGGAUUUACUUAUUUGGGUCCAAAGUUCAUGAAGGAAAAUGGACUGAAACAUGUCGUUUUUUCAACUGCUGAUGGAGCUCUAGAAGCAGCUCCUGCGAUGGGGAUAGCUGAUGCUAUUGUAGACCUUGUGAGUAGUGGAACCACAUUGAAAGAGAAUAAUUUGAAAGAAAUCGACGGUGGAGUUAUCCUGGAAAGUCAGGCCGUUCUUGUUGCUAGCAAAAGGUCAUUGUUCCAGCGAAAAGGUGUGCUUGAUAUCACCCACGAAAUGCUCGAAAGAUUGGAGGCUCAUUUAAGAGCUGCUGGCCAAUUCACGGUAACUGCGAACAUGAGAGGAAACAGUGCAGAGGAAGUGGCUGAGCGAGUACUUAGCCAACCAUCUCUAUCUGGUUUGCAGGGACCCACCGUAAGCCCAGUUUUCUGUAAGCGUGACGGGAGAGUAGCAGCAGAUUACUAUGCUAUAGUUAUUUGUGUACCGAAGAAAGCACUUUACAAGUCUGUACAGCAGCUUAGGGCGAUUGGAGGGAGUGGGGUUCUGGUUUCUCCUUUAACUUACAUCUUCGACGAGGAAACUCCUAGGUGGCGCCAGCUUCUCUCAAAUCUAGGGCUUUAAUAAUCAUAUAUCGGCUCUUCGCGGUUUUUUGGAUAAAAUUCAAAAAUUGGAGGGCUUGUCAGCAAUUAUCUUGAAUAUUAUUUAUGUCUAUGUGUUACAUUUUAGAACAUGUUUUAUCAUCUCUUGUUGUAUUGUACUAUUUAUCGGCGGUGUUAGUGUAUCAUUAGUAAAAGUGUUUUAGACGGAAGAGCUUAUCAGCUGUUUAAAAUAAGCUUAGCCAAAAACACCAUCUUAAUCUGAUUGAUGAAUACAUUUUGGGAUUAUCGUUUUUCUAUAUCAUAUGUACUGUAUCAUGUAAUUUAAGAAUUAUUUUUAUUAUCCUU